GUUUGAUUCGUUCAAGGUCAUUGUUUAGGACAUUCGAACUGACAGCCCUCCAAAGGUUUCAUCCAAUCAAAAUGAUGCUUUAGUAUAUGCGAGCGCUUUUUACGGUCUCGUAUUGCCAACAAACACUUUAGGUCUACUCGCGAGACCAGCUGAUAGAAACAGCGGUAGUCAAGCUGGCAAAAAAGUUUUGCAGCAUUGUUUUCAGCUAUUCAUCCUUUUAAUGGGAUUAGAUGUGAGUCAGUUGUUCAGAUUCCUGGCUUCAUAGCUAUGUUGAUUAUCUAAAGUAUGGUUUCUAAUGGAAAAAAGUGAUUGUUGUAUUUGAGUUAUUACCGGAAAUCCACAUGAACUUAGCCUAGAGUAACCAUGUAUACAUUUGGCAAAUGUGGUUUUGGAAAUCUAAUUUUUACUGUCAACAUGUGAAAGCUGUACAGCUUUUAACGACUAUGAAUGUGGUUAUAAUAUGUUUGAAAGCCUGGAAAUAAGCAUCAGAGUAGUAAAGAAUCAUAAAAAUUAAUUGGUGCAAGUAGAAAGCAUGUAUGUAAAAUAAAAAGUGACAUUAUCAUGUUUGGUUCCCCAUGGGUUGAAUGUCUCGUUUGUUUCUCGGAUCAGGCGAAUUGAUAACACGCAGCUGAGAUAUCUGACGUUGGUUGGGGACUAAAUUAAAUGCUAGACCAGACUCAGUAAUAAUUGCACAAGUGAUGGAAAGGCACCAUACCUAACUUGGCGAGAUUCUUUUGAUAAUCAUUUUGUUGUCCCAGUUAUAUUUUCUCACUGGACAUUGUUUAGAUUUACUAGUAUGGCUUUUGUUUGUUGGUUUCUUUCUAUUGAUAUAGUGAUGUUUCGUGUAUUAGGCUGUCUUGUUGACUACGGCAUCAUUACUAGGUGAGCUCACAUCCGCGUUAAAUAACCUGAAGACUGACAAAUUUGCUGACCAUCUUACUUAUUCGAUGAUUGUUAUCAGCCCCCAUUUGCUGGUAGCUGACGAAGUUUCAGCACUCCUACGUAGGUCUCUUGUAAUAUGUGUUAUCUUGCAUCACUUCAAUGCAUCAUUUUCAGGUAUCUAACUACUUAUUAGAUAAUACGUACCAUACGUCAAUUCACUCUGUCGUAAUUUAUGACUGAGAAAUUAGUUUUUAACUAUAUUUAUGUGCUUCAUUGUAGUUUCACGGAAUUUUCCUUCUCAAAUCCAUGUGUCUCCAGGGUAUCAAGUUGAAUUAACAUACUUCUGUAAAAAGUCUACUUCGCUAGGUUGGUCAGUCGGGAUUUCGAAAGCUAUUAGUAGGUUUCGCGGAGCAUAUGUAGCAGUCGGAAUUAGUUGAUUUGAGUAAUGUAGCUAAGUGAAUAGCACCAUUCUUUUACGUGCUGAUCAUAUUCAUCCUGAGCUUUCGUCAUGUUUUUCUCCAAGGAGAACACGAAGCAAGCAUUUGUGUUCCCAUGGCUAAAUACAGAAAUUCAUUUGCACCUCAUUUAGCAUGGACCCUUGUGCAAACAAGGAAUUGAUAAGAUGAAAAUGACAAACUGAAUUCGUGUACGUAAAUAACUUGCUUUAUUCUUUUUUUUAUCUAUGUAAUAUCUAUUUACCCUGUACGUUUACUGGUUAGUUUCUUAGGAUUAUUCUUUUUGAGAACUUCAUUAUUAUAUUCACCCAUCUCUUGCGUUCCGGGUAGGACGUUUGCCUUCGACAGUCUAUUUGCAUCAUGCUGUCUUCUCUACCAUCAUUCUCAGCUGACUUAACAUUUGUUCACAACUUUGCAUCUCCCCACAUGAUCUCGAUGUCACGCUCGGAUGCCCAACUCAUAGUUUUCCAUUAGGGCUCCACUUAAAGGUUUACCGUGUGGUGUCAUUUAAAUAUCUUCUCAGCAUAUACAUAGUCCAUCUCCAUUUCCUCAGGUGUAUUCGUCUGCCAUUAGGUCCUUUGUUAGUUUUCUGCGUUACAGAGUUCCUUGUUGCAUCUUUCCUAGUUGGCCAAACAUUUGGUCUUCAGUAUUAAACCAGGUAAAGCAUAUGUUGAUAAAAGUCAGCCUGUUGGAAAUGCUUUCUGUGACACGCGCGUCAACUACUUGAACCAUAUAGAACUGAUUUGAUAUUAGUAUUAGAAGUUCAGGUCUAGUUACUUGUGCUUAGUGCUGUAGAUUUCCACUGUGAUUUCAGAGUAAUGAAGUACCGUCUUGCUUUCCCAAUCUUGCCUUUGAUAUCCUUAUUUGCGCCGCCUGUAGUUGAAAUGAUGUUGCUGUAGUAAACUAAAGAGAUGUGGUUCAGUGGUACUCAGCCUAAGACUCAAAUUGAGGAGGCCAAUCGUCAUCUCAGUGCUUUGACAACUCGCAUAAAAGAAUUAGAAGAACAACUGGAAAUUAAGGAAAAAGAACUGAAUAGAAAAGAGGAGGACUUCAACACAGUUAUGCAGGAGGUGCAUGUUAAGCGUGAAGCUGAAAUCAACAGUCUAAACGAAUUAAUCUUCAAGCAAAAUGUCAAACUUCAACGUUUAGAACGUGAUUUACUCAACCGUGAUUCAGAGUUAAGCGUUUUGCGUAAACGUUGUCGUAUGUUUGAUGAAGUACUUCGGUAUAAGUCCACACUAGCCAAACUGACUAUUACAAUGGAACAAGCUGAACAAUAUGCAAAUCUGACAGCUAAAAGUUAUCCUGUUAAUAAUAAUACUAAUAGUGUAAAGGAGUCUUUUGAUGUCAUCAAUACGGAUCCAGCACCUCUUAUGAUACGUGAUGUUGAUGUAAAUGCGAAUGGUAAUCAUUCAACAGAAAAUAAUAAUUUGAUCGAACAAGUUGGCAAAACAUUUGUUCAGUCUGACGGUCAACGAACAAAAACAUUAGCUCAUAUUGUUAGUAAUGGUCAGAUGUGAUCAUUUUUUUAUAUGCCUGAAUGUGUAUACUUUCAUGUUAUGCACAUUCUGUUCAUGUCCCUAGCUAACUGGCUGUGAAAUACAUUUAUUUGCAAACAAAGGUGUGUGCUGAUUAUUUCAGUUUUUUUAAAUUUUUUUUUAUAAGACGAAUUACAACGGGUGAUGAUUUUUCUUUUAAAUGUAUUUUAAUGCUUAUAUUAUGGAUGGUGUACUUCCUGUAUCGUAAUUUCCACAUAAUCACUCCUGUUCACUAUGUAAUUCAAUAAAGUAUUUGAUUUGUAUGCAAACUAUGUUUACAAUUAGCUUGGCUAGUUGACGUUUUUACUGGCGCGACAAUGGUAAUUUGAGUUGAAAGCUAGCCUAGAUUGUGAUGUAACCUCCUGUAGAUUAUGAAGCUGCUAGUGAAAUUCUAGUAUUUACCUUAGAUAAUUGUUUUCGUUCAAUCUAUA